ACGCGAAAGUAUUUAUUUUCUAAGGACAAAAUAAAUAUUUUUAAUUAUUAUUAAUAAUAAUAUUUUGACUAAUCUUCUCAUUGAAAUUAAAAGGCCAACCUGGAAGAGAGACGCUUGGGAAAAGCAAGUAGAAUGGAGAAGAGAGCAGAGCUGGUGUUCAUACCCUCACCUCUGGUGGGCCACCUGGUCUCCACGGUUGAGAUCGCCAAGCUCCUCCUCUUACGCCACCGCCAACUCUCCGUCACCCUCCUCCUCAUCCCCCCCCCUUCCUCCGACCACUCCAAAGCCUCCUCCUACGCCCACUCCCUCGCUUCAUCCACCCCCUCCUCCGUCGCCGCCCGCAUCCGCUUCCUCCACCUUCCUCCUCCGCCCGGGGCAAAACCGGUGCCCUCCUUCUCUCCCGCCACCUUCUCUACCUUCCUGGAAUCCUACAAGCCCGCCGUCAGGGACGCCGUCUCCCAACUCGGACUCACCGGGUCGGAGUCCGAAUCCGACUCGGCCCGCCUGGCCGGCUUCGUCGUCGACAUGUUCUGCACCCCUAUGAUCGACGUGGGCGACGAGUUCGGCGUCCCUUCCUACCUCUUCUACACCUCCGGCGCCUGCGCUCUCGGUCUCUACUUCAAUCUCCAAGAUCUGCACGACGAACUCGGCCUCGACCCGGCCGAGCUCAAGGACUCGGACGAGUUAUCCAUCCCGUGUUUCGUUAACCCGGUUCCCGCCGAAGCUUUGCCGACCGCGGCGCGGGACAAGGUAAACGGGGGGUCCUCCGCCUUCAUCGGCCGUGCUAGAAGCUACCGAAGAGCUAAGGGUAUUAUGGUCAACACGUUCAUGGAGCUAGAAGCACAUGUGCUCCAGUCGAUUCUAGGCGAAGGUAAAACUAAAAUCCCGACUGUGUAUCCUGUGGGACCCAUUCUUGGCCCAGUAAAUGAGCCCUCGAAUGAGGUGGGGUCCACAAAGAUCAUGAAGUGGUUGGAUGCGCAGCCUCCUCUCUCGGUUGUGUUCCUAUGCUUCGGAAGCAUGGGAAGUUUCGGUGUGGACCAAGUGAAAGAGAUUGCGGGUGGAGUCGAGAACAGUGGAUAUAGAUUCUUGUGGUCCUUACGUAAGCCUCCGCCGAAGAACACGCUUCCACUUCCCGGCGAGAACGCAUCGCCGCCAGAAGAAGUAUUGCCGGAAGGGUUUAUGGAGCGAACUGCUGACAUUGGGAGGAUUAUUGGAUGGGCUCCACAAGUGGCGAUCUUGUCUCACCCAUCGAUCGGAGGGUUCGUGUCUCAUUGCGGGUGGAACUCAACCCUAGAGAGCGUGUGGUGCGGGGUUCCGAUUGCCACGUGGCCGAUGUAUGCAGAGCAGCGAAUCAACGCCUUUCAAAUGGUGAAGGAAUUGGGAUUGAGCGUGGAGAUCACAUUAGAUUAUAAGAAGGAGCUGUGGAAAGAGAGUAGCCGCAUUGUAGGUGCGACAGAUAUAGAGAGGGGAAUUAGGGUUGUGAUGGAGGAAGACAGUGCGAUUAGGGCGAAGGUGAAGGAGAUGAAAGAGAAGAGCAGGAAGACCCUUUUAGAAGGAGGGUCGUCCUAUGCGUCGCUGGGACGUUUCAUUGACGAUGUAAUUAGUAACAUGCCAUGAAAUUACCAAGACAAAUAAAUGAAAUGAAAUAAAUUAAAAGAAUUCAAAUAAUACAUCAACAAAAGAAGUGUUGAGAUUUAGAAAUGUUUGGGUUAUUUAUAGUUAAAUUUAGCUAUUUUCAUUUUUUUUUUAAAUAAUUUUUUGACUUUGUAAUUUGAAUUAUCAAGCCAAGGAGGUUUCAAAUAAAGGUUGCAUUGAACUUUGAUUGAGUUUAAA